ACUCAUUGGAAAUUUUCAUCUAUGGAAGAUUGAUCAAAACGGAGAAGGGUCUUGGAACGUUGGUUUUGCUUGUGUCUUUGAGAUAAUCUCGAGUUCAAAACAAAAAUCUCUACUCAGUUUGGAUUGAUCUCUGCUGCCCAUUUCUUAUUUUUCAAAUUUUCUCGCUGGUAGGGAUUGAACAAUUAACGAUCGAGCGAGAAGAACAGCUGAAAAAAUUAAAAUGCAUCCCAUUUCGAGUUUCUAUUCGAACCAGCAGAGUAUAUGUCUCCAGGGACUGAUCAGUUCGACAGCGGAGACGAUCACCGGCGGAAAUUCGAUGACUCCGACGACAUCGACGGCGGAGGAGAAGGCAAUCGCGGCCUGCAAGAGCCACAGCGAGGCCGAGAGGCGGCGCCGGAAGCGCAUCAACGGCCACCUCGCCACCCUUCGCACCCUCCUUCCUAACACAAUCAAAACGGACAAGGCGUCGCUGCUGGGGGAGGUGGUGCGGCGGGUGAGGGAGCUGAAGACGGCGGUGGCGGAGAUGGCGACGAGCGAGAGGAGCGUGUUUCCGGGGGAGGCGGACGAGGUGGGGGUGGAGUAUUGCGAGGAGGGCGGCGGCGGCGGCGGCGGUGGGGCGGCCGUGAAGGCGAGCUUGUGCUGCGAGGACAGGGCUGGGCUGGUGGCGGAUCUCACGAGGGCGCUGCGGACGGUGCGGGGGAAGGUGGUGAGGGCAGAGAUGGCCACCGUCGGAGGGAGGACCAAGAGCGUGGUGUGGCUGCAAGGCCUCGCCGGCGCCGCCUCUGCCGGCGGUGAGAAGGAAGGGAUAGAGACACUGCGAAGGGCGUUGAAGGUGGUUAUAGACAAACCGGCUUUGUCGUGUGGGUCGGGCCAGACUUUGCCGGGGAAUAAGCGGCCGCGCGUUGGACCAUCUUAGGGUUUUUUUUUUUUUUUUGGCAUUUUUAGGACUGCCCCUCCUACUCUCUUAGGGCUUUUUUUUUGAAAAAAACAAGAAGAAUUUAGAAGGUAGGGAGUAAUGUUGUGGUUUUUUUUCAUAUGGUUUUUUUUUUUUUUCUGAAAUGGAGUUGAAAUUGAAGAGGGUGGUUUUGUAUUUAGGUGGUGAAGUAGGUACUUGAGCUUAGGUUGUUAGGGUGAAAAAUGGGACAUGUUUAAACUUUGUAGCAAAAGAGAAUGUACUUUGCUAUUAGUUUAAUUAGUAUGUACAAACUUUUAUUUAUUUAGAAAGAUUCUGUUU